AUGUACGAGCCGGAAACGCUCGACCUUUUGUCUGCCGUGGCGGAUUUCGACGUCAGCAAGGAUGAGUUCGUUUCCACUACUGCCUCUUUUCAGUAUACGUGCAAGGGGGCUGAAUGGUGUGCUGUGGUCGCUGCGCACACAGAUGCAGUGCACCGCCUCGCAACCAUUGAUAUCACAUCCGAUUGUGGCGUAACCACAGGCGAGCUAUCGAAUCUGACAAUAAUAGCCACCGAGAAAGCUGGGCUCCAAAUUUGCUUUCAGGUUGCUACGUGUGGUGACGCGCAGCGCGAACACACCUUGCGACUUGGACUGGAGAUGUGUGAGUUCCGGCGUCUUAAAGGGCUCUACCACAUCUUCCUCGCCGCAGCCAUGGCGAUUCUGCCAGUGGAUGGGGAGAACACAAAAUCGACUUCACACUCUCAGGAAGAUGAUUAUCAUCCUGUCGAUAAAGUUUUCGUGCCCACCAUCAACAGCCACAGCAGGGUCGGCGAAGAUCGUCGGCAGCUGGUUGCCGAAUUCGAAACCACAUUGGAAGACAUGCAGUCCAUGCAAUUCCAGAAGGAACAACAAAUUCAGCACCUAGCCUCCCAGCUCGACGAAGAGCGUCGCUGCAAUGCACAACAUGUUGCCGACUUGCAGAAGCAAUUGGUCACAAUGCGCCUGGACCAUACAUGCUUGGAUAACGAACUUGAUAGCAUUUCUGCAGCUUUGCUAGAGACGCAAGAAUCAUGUAAUCUACUGCGACAACUCGUCAGUGAGAACGAAGAGCGACAUCGCUACGAACGGCAAAAAGCGCAACGCGAACAUACAACACUUCAAGAGGAAUACGCAACCCUCGUCGACCACUACGAAACUCAGCUCCGUUUGUUGCGCAAUAAGUCACCCGAAGCGCACGUACCCCCACUCAUUACAAAAUAUGGAGUAGCUGCCACCGUAGCCACAAACACCAACACACAGUUUGACAACGAAAUAACAACAGCACGUGAUGAGCAUCUUUUCACUUCAACAAACCACGUAUUCACACCACGUACUCAAGCAACGGACAACGUAAACAGCAACAACCACGAGACACGCGCUGCUGCUGAGCUGGACGCAGCGGCGCUUGUGGAGGCCCGCGACGCGCUGGAGGCGGCGAGGCGGCGCUGCGCUGAGCUGGACGCCGCACGAGCGGAGGCGGUUGCUGCACGAGCGGAGGCGGUUGCUGCGCUGGAGGCGAAGAACACGGCUGCCGAGAGCGAGAUGGCUGCUGCGCGCGAUGCGAUACGCGCUGCAGAGGAGCGUGCUGUGGCGGCAGACGCGGAGCGUGCUCGCGUGGUUGCGGAGCUGGAGGGGAAGGCGCGUGCCGCGGAGCGUGAGGCCGCUGCUGCUCGUGCGGAGCAGGAGGCCGCUGUGAGCUGCACGCGCGGCAUCGUGGAGGCGGUGCGCAACGAGUAUCAGACGCACGCUGCUGCUGAGCUGGACGCAGCGGCGCUUGUGGAGGCCCGCGACGCGCUGGAGGCGGCGAGGCGGCGCUGCGCUGAGCUGGACGCCGCACGAGCGGAGGCGGUUGCUGCACGAGCGGAGGCGGUUGCUGCGCUGGAGGCGAAGAGCACGGCUGCCGAGAGCGAGAUGGCUGCUGCGCGCGAUGCGAUACGCGCUGCAGAGGAGCGUGCUGUGGCGGCAGACGCGGAGCGUGUUCGCGUGGUUGCGGAGCUGGAGGGGAAGGCGCGUGCCGCGGAGCGUGAGGCCGCUGCUGCUCGUGCGGAGCAGGAGGCCGCUGUGAGCUGCACGCGCGGCAUCGUGGAGGCGGUGCGCAACGAGUAUCAGACGCACGCUGCUGCUGAGCUGGACGCAGCGGCGCUUGUGGAGGCCCGCGACGCGCUGGAGGCGGCGAGGCGGCGCUGCGCUGAGCUGGACGCCGCACGAGCGGAGGCGGUUGCUGCACGAGCGGAGGCGGUUGCUGCGCUGGAGGCGAAGAACACGGCUGCCGAGAGCGAGAUGGCUGCUGCGCGCGACGAUGUUGUGACGAAGAAAAAUGGUUCUAUUAGUCUGCCUGUCAUGAGUGAUGUACUGGCGUUGUUUGAGGGAUGUCAUUCUUCUUCUGAAGUUGCUGUGUUUGUUGUUCGUCAAGUCUUUGAGGCUCGAGCGAAGGAGCUGGUGAGCUCAACUCGCAGAGUGAUGGCAGCUAAGGCUUCUGUGGAGGCGGCAAGGCUAAAGUGUGCUGAAUUAAGUGCGAGGCGAGCCUGUGUGGAUUCAGAUUCUUUAGAAGACGGGGAGGACUUACAUCAAGAACUUGUGGCGACCCAUUGUGAUUUUAUAGUUAUGAUGGAGCGUUAUCUGGAGGUGGAGGCAGCAGUCAAUGCGGAAGAGGAUUCUGAAAAAGAAAACCCAUGGGAGCUGCUUGUGUCUGACUUAUCACGCGAGCUGAUAGAGGCUUGUGAGAGGCUCAAGACUAUGCAGCAAGUUAACCGAAUGCUGCGAGAGAAGUUUCGCUCGGAAAUGUAUGGAUGGGAAAGUAGCGUAUAG